CACAGAGCAAAAGCCAUUGAAAAUGGUCUGGAUGAAUUUUUUGGUAGCAGCCUUUGUUGUUGGACUCUUGCUGGAACCGGCCCAUGCUUACAAGGUACGAACACAUGGAUUUUGGGGUGGCCGCCGUGGAAAAAAGAGUAACGCCAAAGGUACACUUCGAGGCAGCCACGUAAUCCGUCAUCCUGUAAUUUCAUUGAACUAUCACAAUGAUAUCCCCACGGAUCCCAUCAAAAUCGAAAGAAACCCUUUUCGUCCCUCAUCACAUCGUUCGUUCUUUAAGAUUCAUGACGGCAUUUCUGGAGAGAAUGGAAAGAAGGAAGUUACACGACUACUAGUAAACGAACUACUUCAUGGAAGCAGUAACUCUGAAUCAAGCAGCAGUGGCAGUGGUAGCUCUAUCUCUGGUAGAAGCAGUGGCGAAAGUGGCUCCUCAGAGAGUAACAGCAGUGGAUCAUCAUCCAAAGGAGGUAGCGAGAGCAGUAGUUCUUUCUCAGGUUCAUCCUCCAAUGGAGGCAGCAACAGUGGCAGAUCUGGUUCAUUCAGACAUAGAGGUAGUGAAAGCCGUGGCUCUUCUGGUUCAUCCUCUGAAGGAAGUAGUGAGAGCUUCAGUGCUUCUUCCUCUGAUAGAGACAGUGACGAAAGUGGAUCCUUUGAUACAAAUAAUUACAAUAGUGGUUCAACUUUUGAGGAAGAGAAUGGGAGCAGUGGUUCCUUUUCCAGAAGAGGUAGCUCUAGUGAAGACAAUGGCUCUUCUGACACAAGCAGUAAAGGCAGCGGAUCAUUUUUAGAUGGAAGUAGCGAGAGUAGCGAUUCCUUCUCUGUGGGAAGUCGCAACAGUGGCCGUAGAGGUAGGCACAGAGAUGAUCAUGGCUCCUCUGAUGCAGACAGUAAAGGCAGUGGUUCAUCCUCUGAGGGAGGUAGUGACAGUAGCAGUUCUAGUGGCGGAAGCUCCGGAAGUUCUUCCAGUAAUUCCAGGCAUGUAAAAAAAGACAUAACAAACCUUCUGGAUCACCUUCAGCUCUAAACAAGUAACAUACGACACCAUGUUACAUAUUAUUUGUUUUAUAAUCUGCAGCACAAUGCACUUAAUGCAUAAGUGUGCACGAUAUAUACACCGUAAGUGUUAUAAUCGUCUAAGAAACUUUUGAUGUAAUCAAGUAAUUUUAGGAAACUACGGGCUUUUAAAUGUAUUUGUUAGAAAUAGGAAACAAUUAAAGUAAUAACAUAAAUUGUUUGAUUUAAAUCUGCAGCACAAUGUACUUAAUGCAUCAGCAUACCAUACACUGUAAGUUAUAAUAUUACAAUCGCCUGAGAAGGUUUUGAUGUAAUCAAAUAAUUUUAGGCAAUUAAAGGCCUAACAGUAAUUGUAUUUGUUAUAAAAUUAAUUUCAAUUUCAAUUAUGAUUGGAAAUAAAUAUAUGAAGUGCA